AUGAGUAAACAGUGUGUUGUUGUACUUUGGAGCGAAGGAUCAGUUUCAGCUCGAACACACGACGACAGUGACAACAUGGCCAGAGCCUGUUUCCUGGUGCUCAUCGCCGCUUUGAGGCUGCAGACGCUCGUCCUGGCUGCUCCGGCCACCGAGGAAGACGCAGGAGCUGUGUUCGUGCCCCCACAGACGGCCCACGCGGUGCUGCAUCGCCUGCGCAGGUACAACAGCGGCCACCUGGAGGAGAUGCUCCACAAAGACAACCUGGAGAGGGAGUGUAGAGAGGAGGUGUGCUCCAUGGAGGAGGCCAGGGAGGUGUUUGAAAACGACGAGAAAACGAUGGAGUUCUGGGCCGGAUACAUCGACGGGGACCAGUGUGACCCGCCCCCCUGUCACAAUGGUGGCGAGUGUAAAGAUGGAAUCAGCACCUACGUCUGCUGGUGCAAACCCAACUUUGGCGGGAAGAACUGUGAGAUCGAACUGAUGAAGCAGUGUUCAGUCAACAACGGUGGAUGUUCACAUUUCUGCGUGAUGCAGGACGACCGCGCAGUGUGUCGCUGUGCAGCCGGUUACCGGCUCGGUGCAGACAAAACCAGCUGUGAACCAACAGGUCAGUUCAGUUGUGGUCGUGUUGGUUCUUCCUCUCAUUCUGCGGGCGGGACCUCACUGAUCCCUCGCUCCUCAAACGCCACUUUACCCGAAACGCAACACAACUCCAGCGACGCCCUGCUGGACGACUACUACGAUGAUCUGACAUUGUUCGAGGACUACAUCGACCUCCUGGUGAAUGACUCAGACCCGUCCAACGUCUCUGCCGUGGGCCUACGCUCAUUCAAAUCAUCUGUGGAUCCGGCCGAGGCUUCUUCCACCGCGGGGGAAGGAAACGUCACCGAGUCGCCUACAGUCAAGAAAAGGUUUGGCUGGGCUUACCCCACAAUCCCCACCAUCACAGCACAGGACAACUCAGACCAGAGGAUUGUGGGAGGAGACCUGGCUGUUCCUGGAGAGAUCCCCUGGCAGGUGGCCCUGAUGGUCCACUCCCCCAGCCUUCAGAGAGCGCAGCCUUUCUGUGGGGGGUCCCUGCUCAGCGACUCCUGGGUCAUCACUGCAGCCCACUGCCUGAUAGAAGCUGACACCAGCAAACGAGGAUUCUUCGUCCGAGCCGGUGAACAUGACGUCACCAAGACUGAAGGUCCGGAGCGAGACCACGAGGUGGCGGAGCGGCACAUCCACCCCUUGUACAACCAUGUGACGUCACCUUAUAACCACGACAUCGCGCUACUGAAGCUCGCCAAACCGGUGGAAAUGUCCCUCCAUCGGCGGCCCAUCUGCCUCGGCCCCAAAGACUUCGUCCAGAACCUCCUGAGGGACUCCACCACCUCCUUGGUGAGCGGCUGGGGGCGGCUCAAGUUCCAGGGCCCCGAGUCCACCCAGCUCCAGAAGGUGGAGGUCCCCUACGUCGACCGCACGGCCUGCAAACGGAGCAGCCGGGAACAAGUGACCCGCUUCAUGUUCUGCGCCGGUUUUUACAACGAACAGAAGGACUCGUGCCAGGGGGACAGCGGCGGACCCCACGCCACCAAAUACAAGGACACCUGGUUUCUGACGGGCAUCGUGAGCUGGGGGGAGGAGUGCGCCAUGGACGGGAAGUACGGCAUCUACACCCGAGUGUCGCGCUACUACCCCUGGAUCAGCCAGACGGCAGGAAUCAGCAUGACCUCAUGAUAAAACACACUUGUCUGUGGAGUUAAUGCUCUGGAUGAAAAAAAAAGUGAGCAAUCACACAAUAAAAUGUGUUCAAAAACA